UUUAUUCCACUUCCUGUUCAGUAGAGGUCUAAACAUGGCAACUGCAACGACCCCGGUUGGCCAAACUCAACCGAGCAAAGCGGAUCCUCCACCCGUCGUGUUUGAUUUUUCUCAGCCUCCGGCAAUCGAGGGCUUCACCCCGCUUCCCAGAUUAAAGGAGGAGACUUUUAAAGACAAAUUUAUCAGAAAAACCAAGGAGAAUCCAUUCGUCCCAAUAGGUUGUUUGGGAACAGCAGGAGCGUUGAUCUAUGGCCUCAGCGCCUUCAGACGGGGCAAAACUCGACAGUCGCAGCUGCUAAUGCGAGCCCGUAUCUUCGCUCAAGGCUUCACCGUCGUUGCUAUUAUAGUGGGUGUAGCUGCCACAGCACUGAAGCCCAAGCAGUGAAGACGAGACUGCAGACCAUUUGACCACACUGACAAGAGCCUUACGGUCCAUGGGUAGAAUGUGACGUCAAUAUGGAAUGUACUGAACAUUAAAUGCCAAUUGUUGGCAUUCUUAUUUUCUUUAGAUAAAGGCCCAGUAUAAGACCUCAUAUUAUAGAUCGACUGUUGGCAGAUGGCACUAUUUUCCAAACUUUAUCAAUAUGCCAAACAUUUAAAGGGGGAAAAAAAAUCAUAAUUUAUUUUCUUUCUUCUGUUAAGCAUAAAAUAUGAUAUUUGAAGAAUCCUGGUAACCAGACAGCUGACUAUUGGCAUGGAUUUUUUUUUUAGCUCAAUUUUCUGUAUGUAUUUAGAUGGACUACUAAAGGUGCUGCAUAUUGUAUGCAAAUAAAAUGGUAAAUUAUUGAUAUUAACUUAAAUCUCCAAGUGUUAUAAAUGUUAGUGUCAGUUUAAAAAAAGUCACAAUAAAUAUUGUCUGAAUGCA